GUGCGAUUGGUCUCCUAUUUUUUUCUUUUUCACGUACUAUUUUUUAUGUCGCACAUCUUUUCUUGGAGCUGAGUACUCUACGAGGAAAAUUUGAUGAAACGUUCGAUCGGAACAGAUGUUUGACAAGAACUGGCACAAAAUUAACGUCGGUAUCAUCAGGGACAAAGUGAUGGUCUACGUCGACUGCGAGCACGCUGGAGCGUUAGCUGCGAAGCCUCGAGGACCAAUUAAAGUGGAUGGCGAUAUCUCGAUAUCGAAGAUGUUUCACAGCAAACUCACCAUACCCGUCGAUAUACAGUGGAUGGUCUUGAAUUGCGAUCCUACGAAACCUGAGAGGGAGACCUGCGAGGAACUGCCGAAGAGCCUUAGCAGCCCUUUAUUGCCCCAGAGGCGACCAGGCUGCGAAGUUAUCUGUCCGCAGGGGCCUCCUGGAAUGAAUGGAACAAAU